AUAUUAUUUAUUUUUUUAAAUAAUAAACAUAAUUUAUUUAUUUAUUUAUUAAUUUUUUUUUUAAUUUUAAUUAUAAAUUUAAAUAAUACCUUUGUUCAAUGAUUAGUUAUAGAAUUUAGAACUAUUGUAAGAAUUAGAUUAAUUAAUAUUAAAUCAUCAAAUAAAAUCCCAAGAUUAAUUUAUUAUAUAAUUUCAGUUAUUUCAAGAAUAUUUUUAUUUUUAGUAAUUAUUAUUUAUUUAAGACCAACCUAUUUUCUAAAACAUCCUAUAUUAAAUUUUUUAAUACAAAUAAUAUUUUUCUUAAAAAUUGGAAUUUUUCCAUUUCAUUAUUGAUUAAUUUAUUCAUAUGAAAUAAUAAAAUGAAAUCAAAUUUUUUUAAUAUCUACAUUAAUUAAAUUUAUACCAAUUUAUAUACUUUAUACAUUAACAUAUAUAAAUUUAUGAACAAUAAUAUACUUAUUAACUAGAAAUUUAUUGAUUUCAUUAUUUGCUAAUAAAUUUUAUUCUUUAAAGAAAUUAUUAGCAUGUUCAACAAUUUUUAAUUCAUUAUAUUUUAUUAUAUUAUUAUUUUUAAAUAAAACAUUAUUUUUUAUUUUUAUUAUUAUUUAUUCAAUUAAUUAUUAUAUAUUAAUUAAUUAUUUUUAUAAAUUUAAUAUUAAUAAUUUAAAUUUUAUAUUUUUAAAUAAAUAUCAAUCUUAUAUAUUUUUAAUUUUAAUUUUUAAUUAUUCUAUAUUUCCAAUUUUAUUAACUUUUAUUAUUAAAUGAAUAUUAAUUUAUCUUUUAAUUUCAAGAAAAUUAUAUAAUUGAAUAUUAUUUAUUAUUUUAAUUUCUAGAAUAAUUAUAAUCUGAAAUUAUUUUAUUUUAUUAAAAAAUUUAUUUAUAAAAAUAAAUUUUUAUAAAAAUAAUUUUAUAUUAAAUAAAAAUAAUAUAAAAUUAAAUUUAAUAUUAAUUAUUUUUUUAAUUUUUAAUAUAACAUUUUUUUUAUUAAUAAAUUUUAUUUAA